AUGUCUGAAGAAGAGGCGGCUGAGGCUUCCGGGCCCAGAUUGUCUGAGCAGGAACAGCAGAGUGUGGUACAGCGCGUGGUGGCCCUGCCCCUGGUCAGGGCCACCUGCACUGCGGUCUCCGAUGCUUACAGCAUGGCCAAGGACAGGCACCCACUGCUGGGCUCUGCCUGCCGCCUGGCUGAGCACUGCAUCUGUAGCCUGACCACUCACGCCCUGGACCACGCCCAGCCGCUGCUCGACCACCUGCAGCCCCAGCUGGCCACAGUGAAUGACCUUGCCUGCAGGGGCCUGGACAAGCUGGAGGAGAAGCUGCCCUUUCUCCAGCAACCUUCAGAGACGGUGGUGACCUCGGCCAAGGACGUGGUGGCCAGCGGUGUGACUGGCAUGGUGGGCCUGGCGCAGAGGAGCCGGCGCUGGAGUGUAGAACUCAAGCGCUCCAUGAGCCAUGCUGUGGGUGUUGUGCUGGGCAAGUCAGAGGAGCUGGUGGACCACUUCCUGCCAAUGAUGGAGGAUGAGCUCGCGGCGCUGGCCGCCGAGGCUGAGGGUCCGGAAGUGGCCUCGGUGGAAGAUCAGAGGAAGAAUCAGGGCUACUUUGUGCGUCUGGGCUCCCUGUCAGCGCGAAUCCGCCACCUAGCAUAUGAGCAUUCUCUGGGGAAACUGAGGCAGAGCAAACACCGCGCCCAGGACACACUGGCUGAGCUGCAGGAGACACUGGAGCUGAUUGACCUCAUGCAGGGUGGGGCCUCCCCUGCCACGUCCAUCCGCCCUGGGAAGGUGCACCAGCUGUGGGGGGACUGGGGCCAGCGCCCCCUGGAGAACGGCCGCCGCCGGAGCCAGGCGGAGCUGGAGACGCUGGUGCUGUCACGAAGCCUGACGCAGGAUUUGCAGAGCACGGUAGAUGCGCUGGAGAGCAGCGUGCGAGGCCUGCCCCCCAGCGCCCAGGAGAAGGUGGCCGAGGUGCGGCGCAGUGUGGACGCCCUGCGGGCCGCCUUUGCCGACGCCCGCUGCUUCGGGGACGUGCCGGCGGCGGCGCUGGCGGAGGGACGGGGCAGCGUAGCGCGGGCCCACGCCUGCGUGGACGAGCUGCUGGAGCUGGUGCUGCAGGCCGUGCCGCUGCCCUGGCUCGUGGGGCCCUUUGCGCCCAUCCUUGUGGAGAGGCCCGAGCCCCUGCCCAACCUGGAGUCCCUGGUCGACGAGGUCGUCGGGGGCCCAGACCCCCGCUGGGCGCACUUGGACUGGCCGGCCCAGCAGAGAGCCUGGCACGCCCAGCACCGGGACGACCGGGGCCUCCAGGAGGACAUUCCCGAGGAGGCGCCCGAGCGCCCCAGCCGCCCAGUCAAGCACACCCUCAUGCCGGAGCUGGACUUCUGACCUGACGCGCGCUAACCGGGGGCGGGAAGCCGAGGCAAGCGCCUCCCCAGCCCCAGCCCCUGCCGGGAAUCUCUGCUGCCCCCUUGUGGCCGCGCGUAAGCACCAGCGGCCUUGGCUUUGGCCUGGAGUUGCCGGGUGGAGGCCAAAUUCGGAAUCCUAGACCCCGUUUCAAGGAGCCCUGGUGGCGCAAUGGUUAAGUGCACAGCUGCUAACCAAAAGGUUCGUGGUUUGAACUACCAACAACUCUGCGGGAGAAAGACUCAGCAAUCUGCUGCUUUAAAGAUGACAGCCUAGGAAACCCUAUGGGGCAGUUGUACUCUGUCACAUAGGGUCGCUAGGAGUUGAGAAUAGACUCAAUGGCACACAAUAACAACAGACCAGCUUAACGGAUAUCCGACCCUCCCUAAUCUCUUCCUGGGACAGAUGGGGACACUGAGGUCCAGAGAGAAGCAAGGAUUCGAACUCAAGUCAGAUCUGAUGUCACCGCAGAGCUGAGUUGUUCAUCUGCCUCUGGACCCAUUCGCCUACCCCAAGAAGCUACUCAAAAUGCUUCCCUGAGAAUAGACAUUUUGGGUGCCAAGUUUUGAUAUGGGGCUUUGCAAAGGGAGGCCCCCCUCCCGCCCAGUUUGUGCAUCCUGGACUGAGGGGUCCCCAGAGACCCUCGGCUGCACCGGCUCAGCCUGCCAAACGCGCUUGCUUUGCUGUUUGAGGGUUGUUCUCCAGAAUAAAGGUGCUUCGUAUUGUUA